AUGGACCUGCCGGAGAUCCUCGUCCAGGAGAUCGAAAUCCUGCGGGCCAUCUAUGGCGAAGAACCUGUUCGGCUUGUCCAACGGAAGAAAGCGGAAGAUGAGGAGACGCCACCCAUCUGCUGUUUGGAAGUUGACCUGGAGCCCAUGUCUGAGGAAGGCAUCCAGCUGGUUUGGGUGACGCUGCAGCUGAUUGUGCCUGCUGGCUACCCUUCCAAUGCCACACCAACGAUCUUGGUGGAGAAGUCCCGCGGGAUUGGAGAUGUGGCCACUGAAGCCAUGAUGGACGCCGCCGAAAAGGCCCGACAGCAGUACGGGCUCCAGGAGGAGGGUUGCUUGGCUCCCCUCCUCUCCGAGGUGAAAGAUGCCCUUGGCAAGGCAGUGAGCGAGUGCUACAUUUGCAUGAUGGAUUGCGAUCCAGGCAGUGCGAUCUUUGUCGCGUGCAACUGUGUGUUCCACCGUGAAUGUCUGGAGGAAUGGCGCGGCCUAAAGGACCAAGAGAAGAUCAGCAAGGCCGACGCCGCCACCGAAAGCAUCAAGUCUCAGAGGGAUGCGCUGGAACGGCUGUGCGCAGAAGCGGACGAGCAGGUGGAAGAAGCGGAGAAGCAGGUGGCUUUUGCCCAGCUCCAGGUUGAUCGGGCCGCCGUGGGGGUGGAACAGGCCAUGAAGAAGGCCCAAGCGACGGCAGAAGAUGAUGAGGAGCAGAUACCCAGUGAAGAGGAGGCCAAUGAUCAGGAGGCCGAGGAAUCCGAGAGUUCGGUGGAGUUGGACACCGUGGACUACCGGAACGAGGCUCGAUGGGGCGCGCCAGAAGUCAGCCUCGGAGGCCUGUACCAUAACAAGCACACCAAGAAGAACUGGCAUCCGAGUGUCAGAAUGAAUCGAAAGCGACCUAAGAAGUACUUGAAGCGCAUUGAUGAGAAGUUGGAAGAGAUGAAGAAGGAAGGCAAGCGUCAACUGAGCGAAGAGAUGUCUCAAGCAGUGACGAAGUGGGAGAAGGCACAAUUUGAACACAAAGAGGCCAAGCUGGUCCUGGAGAAGGAUCAAGAGAAUCUCAAGAAGCUGAAGGUGGAUGGGGGAAGCAGGCACAGCCCUAGGCCCUGGAUAUACAAGAUUGACAAGUUCAACUCGACACCUCAAACAGCCUCAAACUAUACCAGCUACAUUACCAGCUACUGA